AUGUGGCGAUUACUAGGUUUUGAAAUACAUGGUCGUAUGCCUGCAGUUGAGCGCCUAGCUGUUCAUAUGCCUGGUAUGAACAAUAUUAUAUUCCAUGAGGAGGCUGAUCUUCCAGAUGUUAUUGAAGAUCCUAGCAGACAUAAAACCACAUUAACUGAAUGGUUUAUAGCCAACCAAAUGUAUCCACCCGCAAGAGCUUUCACAUACUGUGACUUCCCUACCUAUUAUAGAUGGGAUCCUGAUCAAAAGGCUUGGUUUACAAGAAAAAGAACCCCAAAGGUAGGUCGCAUCUAUAAUGUGCACCCAGGCACAGGUGAACUCUUUUAUCUGAGAAUGCUUCUUAUGGUUGUCGCCGGUGCCACCAACUUUGCCAACCUUAGAACAUACAAUGGAAUUGUAUAUGAUACCUUCAGAGAGGCAUGCCAGGCUAGAGGAUUAGUCGGUGAUGACAGCGAAUGGUAUAUGCUGUUUGAUGAAGCUAUUAUAUGGGCAUCUCCUCACCAGCUAAGAUACCUGUUCCUCAUUGUAUUGGUUUUCUGUGAUGUUCUUAAUGCUAGGAUGUUGUUUGAAAAAUACUGGAAACAUAUUGCUAAUGAUAUCACUUAUCAAAUCCAUCUGUGCCUACGCAAUCCUAGAUAUUGUGUUCCAGACUGCCACCUGCAAACACAGCUCCUCUCUGACUUAACUAUUUUAUUUUCCAAAGCUGGUGCAAAUCUGUCUUCAUACAACAUCCCUUCUGCACCAAUUCCUGAAUCCUUUGCAUAUGGCAAUAGGCUUAUUUCUGAGGAGUUAGCAUAUGACAAGCCACUUCUAGAAGCACAAUCCAUUGCCCUUGCAUCUACACUAAAUCAAGAACAACGGCUUGUGUACGAUAAAGUUAUUGCUUAUGUUAUUUCAAAAGAACCUGUUGUCUUCUUUAUUUCUGGCCAUGGUGGCACAGGAAAGACUUAUCUCUGGAAUGCCAUUAUAGUAAAACUUAGAGCUGAAGGUGAGAUAGUACUAGCUGUUGCUUCUUCUGGGGUUGCCUCUCUUUUAUUACCCAGUGGUAGAACUACACAUUCAAGGUUCCGAAUACCUUUUGACAUAAACGAGCGUAGUAUUUGCAGCAUUAGGCGUGGGACUAUGCUUGCGGGACUCAUCAGUAAAGCAUCAUUGGUAUUAUGGGACGAGGCACCUAUGACUCAUAGACGCUAUUUUGAAGCACUGGAUCGCACAAUGCGUGACAUCCUAUCAGCCGAUAACCCUUCACUUGCUGCUGUUCCUUUCGGUGGAAAAUUGAUUGUCCUAGGUGGCGAUUUUAGGCAGGUCCUUCCCGUUAUUACAGGAGGUACCAAAUCUGAUAUUGUUAGUGCAUCACUUGUUAUGUCACCAAUUUGGCAGCAUGUCAUGGUCCUCAAGCUGUGCACAAAUAUGAGGCUCACAAAUCCUUAUUUAGAUGAUUCCCAAAGAGAUAGGCUCACUGUUUUUGCUUAG